CACGAGCCGGUCUCUGCGCCACUGAGACGCUCUCCCUCCCCUCCUCCUCCACCUCGUCAACGGCAACAGCCAUCUGCCGCCUCUUUUAAUUUCAAACCCAGCAGAUUUCCCCACAAACGUCCAGCUUCACUUGACAGAACACAAACUGCGUUUGACGCUGUGGAGGACAGCUCGCUCUCCGCACGUAUUGCGCUGGAGCAGGAAGAGAGCCGGGGCACAUUUCGCACACGAGACUCCGUCUGCGGAGACAGGCUGUGGGAAAGACGAAGCGGAUUUGAAUUAAGCACCGGAUAACAGGCAGCAACUCUGCAUCCUUCGGUGAGGGAGGGAGAGGAGGGAGGCAACUGUUUUGUAGCUAUCUUGGAAGCCCUGGGUUAGGAGAGGGGGGAGGAGGAGCGGAGAAUGAGCUAUUCUUGCACCAGCAGAGGCAACAGCCAGGACCCGUCAAGCGCUAAGAAGCCCGCCGGUAGUAAUCCAGCCAGAGACGCCGGAGGCACCGACAGCGGCACAGACAGCACCAGUAACGGCAGCCCCAAGCAGACGGCGGCGAUGAAAGUGAAGAAAGGCUGCAACUCGACCGACGUGGGGGUCCCGGUGACCACCGAGGAGCAACUGCUCGCCAGCACUGUGAUCACUCCGGAGGAUGUUCUUGGCUUGCAGAAGAUCACAGAGAAUUAUUUGUGUAGCCCAGAGGAGAACAUUUACAACAUCGACUUCACCAGGUUCAAGAUCAGAGACAUGGAGACCGGCACAGUGCUGUUUGAAAUCACCAAACCCCCGUCUACAGAUAAAGGAAGUGAGAAGAGGGAUAUUGACCCAAAUGCCGGCCGAUUCGUCCGUUACCAGUUCACCCCUGCGUUUCUCCGACUGCGGCAAGUCGGAGCCACUGUUGAGUUCACAGUCGGAGACAGACCGAUAGAGAAUUUCAGGAUGAUUGAAAGGCACUAUUUCAGAGAGAAGUUGCUCAAGAGUUUUGACUUUGAGUUUGGCUUCUGCAUGCCCAGCAGCAAGAACACCUGUGAACACAUCUAUGAGUUCCCACCUCUGUCUGAAGACAUCAUCAGAGAGAUGAUCCUGCACCCGUAUGAGACACAGUCGGACAGCUUCUACUUUGUGGACAAUAAGUUGGUGAUGCACAACAAGGCAGACUACUCGUACAAUGGCGGGACGUAGAGGUGGCACACUAACAGGAGAGCAAGCGGAGUUAUGGACUAAACCCGAGGGGCGAUCAAAAUACACGUGUGGGGUUAACGUCCUGUUGAUCCUGCAGUCCCUCUCCCUGUAUCUCUUUCUCUCCCUCUUUGUUUUUCCUUCUGAGAGGAUGCCGUCAAGAAAAGGCCCACACAGAUGUGACACUUAUAAUCUGUGAGAGAGAGUGUGUGUGUGUGUGUGUGUGUAAGCACAUCAAAGCCUAACAGGAAACACACAUACACACACACUGAUGCACACAGCUCGGUGUGGCGUUGCUGUAACAAAGUGUGUUUGUAACAUGAUAAACUUGCAAGUAAGCAACUUUUUAGGAAUUAUCAAAUGGUUUUUGCUCUCUAGCCACGUCAUGAAGUGAAAAACGAAAAAAAUCUUUAAUUAUUGGUAGAAAUUAUUUACAUUUUAGGGUUUAGAAACGCGUCUGAAAACGUGUUUUUAGGACUUAAAAACAGUCUUUUGGAAAUCUGUUCUCAGAUUCAGUGAGUCUGUGUGUUUUGUAUGCGUGUGUGUGUUUGUAUGUGCGUGUGUCUACCCUUGCUUUUAGUGUCUUUUUUAUGAUUGUCUGUGUGUAUAAGUUUGAAGCAUGAUUCAUUUAAAUGUCAAUAACAUGACCAUCUGGUUGGCAAAGUUCAAAUAGAUUUCCAAAACCGUUUAGUGCAUAUUCUACAAAGUAGGCAGUAAGUAGUUAUUUUGUAUUUAUAAUUCCCUCCCCUGUCCCUUUAUUCCUUUUAGUUCUCCAGUCAUGUGACCUGUAUCAACCGUAGGACUUGUGUUUAUUGUAUCUGCUCAAAGCACAACAUUUUACAACAAUCAGGAAACUUAUAAAGACAAACUGAGCUGAUAUGAAAUGUACUUUGUCAUCUGUGAAAAUUCAACUGUACUUCCAGCCCCAUGUUUCGUUGUUUAAGUGAUAAAGAAAACUUUAGAGAGGUGCAAAUUAUGUGUUUCAAAAGAGACGAAAAGGAAAACAUGGGUUAGCAAAUGUUCAUGUUCACCCUGAAAUGUUCUGCAAAAAAAGAAAGGUAAGGAAUGUAGCAGCAGCUACUUAAAGAACAGGUCACCCUUAAAUCUCUUCCAUUCUGUUGUUUCUUCCUGCAGUCGUUCUCGUCAUGUCUUGUGUGAUGCGGAUAUUUUCUCUUUCUCAGUUUUUUUCCCCUGUAAUAUCUUAUUUUCUGUCAAAUUGUUUUCAUUUAGAGACAUACCAGCGAUUUGGACCCAAGUAUUGUGAUCCGAACACAGGAUUGCUCCAUACUGUAAUAUGCUCACUGUGCUUUUUGUCUGUUUGUGCUGAGACUCAAGAGCAACCACGUAGUUUCCUGCAUUUUUUUCCCCUCAUCACACACUCUAAUUUGAUGCACUAGAGAUUGAUAUUAGUUUAUGUGACUGAUGAUUUUAAUGAGUCUAAAUUUAAAAUGCAGUUAAUUUAGACAGAUACUGCAUCGUAUUUGCAAACACUCACAAGUCUAUGAAUAACAGGCCAACUAAAUCAAAGUUACUCAAAUGUACCUGCGGGGUGUUCAGAUUAACAGAGGAAAUUGUGGAUUGAUUCAAACUGGCACUGCUUUGUUGAUUUCGUCCUGCACAACAGACAAAGUAUGAAACAUUUAUAAUAGUUGUGAAAUGAACAGGAGGGGACUCAGAUUUGACUUAAUCAGAGAUUAAGCCAAUUAACUUGAAUGUUAUUUAAAAAAUGUAAUACAGAUAUGUAGAACAGAUUUAUAUAUGACUGUGACUCGUGCAAAUUAUUUUGAACUCGGGAAGUUUUUGACAAUACAAAUGUUGGUGUGACUGAAAAAAGUAAAAAUAAAAGAUUUUGAAAUA